ACCUUUACCUUCGUGUCCUGCCUGAGGAACGGCUGGGUGUGGGACGCCGUGGGCUGCGUGUGGGACGGGUUUAGCAGCAGCCUCUUCGAGAAGAGUUCCAGUCACAAAUGCUUAUGUGAUGUAUUUUGGCAUUUACUGCUAAGAUGAAAUGCAGGAAUGAAAACCACACAUCCAUUUUAGUAUUCUCAGAUGUGAUUAGAUGUACUUUGUCAUGUUUCUAUGCUACUGACUUAUUAAAAAAAAACUUUAAAAAGGUAACAAGUGAAACCUGCAAACCCAGUGCUGCUGGAAGACCUGGAACAUUACAAGGAGAGGUUUUAUUACAGCAUAAUCACACCUCAGCAGAACUUCAGCCUAGAUUCGUAUUUAUUUCUUUCAUCAGCAGCUGUUACCUGACCCUUUAUCUCUUGGGAUGGCAGACAAUCUUCCCACAGAGUUUGAUGUGGUUAUAAUAGGGACAGGUUUGCCUGAAUCUAUCCUUGCAGCUGCAUGUUCAAGAAGUGGACAGAGGGUUCUACAUGUUGAUUCAAGAAGUUACUAUGGAGGGAAUUGGGCUAGUUUCAGCUUUUCAGGAUUGCUGUCCUGGUUGGAGUGUCAGCAAAACAGUUACACCGAGGAAGAAACUGCUAUUGCAUGGCAAGACUUGAUCCAUGAAACAGAAGAAGCUAUCGCUCUUUGUAAGAAGGAUGAGACCAUUCAGCACACAGAAGUUUUUUGUUACGCCAGCCAAAAUGCAGGGGACAGUGUUCAGGAGAUUGGUACUCUGCAGAAAAAUGCUUCCUCAGUGGCAUCUAGUACCUUCACUGAACCUCUGCAUUCUGCAGAGUUGCUUGAAGAAAGGCACUCAUACGUUAUUAACAAUGAAAUGCCUGCUAAACAUCCGUCAAAAAGCGAUAGCAAGAUUUCACUACAAGAAGAAGUAGAGGAAUCACCAGAGAAAGAAAAGCACUGUGAAGAUGAAACUAGUAUACAUCCAGUUUCGGAUGGAGCUAAGGUUGAAAACAAGUCUGCAGUAGAAGACAACACUGAUCAACCAAAGAGAAAAGUGAUUACUUACCCUCAAAUGGUUAAAGAAAGCAGGAGAUUUAAUAUUGAUUUGGUGUCAAAGCUGCUGUAUUCUCAAGGAUCACUGAUUGAUCUUUUAAUCAAAUCAAAUGUUAGUCGUUAUGCAGAAUUUAAAAAUGUCACUAGGAUUCUUGCAUUUCGGGAAGGAAAGGUAGAACAGGUGCCUUGCUCCAGAGCAGAUGUCUUUAAUAGCAAAGAACUCACUAUGAUUGAGAAAAGAAUGUUAAUGAAAUUUCUUACAUUCUGUUUAGACUAUGAACAGUAUCCUGGUGAAUACCAAGAUUUCCAGCACUGUUUGUUUUCUGAGUACUUAAAAACUAAAAAACUAACCCCCAACCUCCAACAUUUUAUACUACACUCAAUUGCAAUGACAUCGGAAUCAUCUUGCACUACAUUAGAUGGCCUUAAAGCAACAAAAAACUUCAUUCAGUGUCUUGGACGGUUUGGCAACACUCCCUUUUUAUUUCCUUUGUAUGGCCAAGGAGAAAUUCCUCAGUGUUUUUGCAGGAUGUGUGCAGUUUUUGGUGGAAUCUAUUGUCUUCGUCAUAAAAUCCAAUGCCUUGUAGUUGACAAAGAAUCUGGAAGAUGUAAAGCAGUUAUAGAUCACUUUGGUCAAAGAAUAAAUGCUAACUAUUUUAUUGUGGAGGAUAGUUACCUUAAUAAGGAAACAUGCUCAGAUGUGCAGUAUAAGCAAAUCUCAAGGGCAGUGCUUAUUACAGAUCAGUCUAUACUAAAGGCAGAUUCUGAUCAACAGACUUCCAUUUUGAUAGUUCCUCCGGUAGAACCAGGAGCUUGCUCUGUUCGGGUUGUAGAAUUAUGUUCAUCAACUAUGACAUGCAUGAAAGACACCUAUGUAGUACAUCUGACCUGUGCAUCUUCAAAAACGGCAAGAGAAGACUUAGAAUCAGUAGUGAAGAAAUUAUUCACUCCUCUUAAUGAAGCAGUAGUAGAUAAGGAAGAGCUUAGAAAGCCAAACCUCUUGUGGGCUCUUUAUUUUAAUAUGAGAGAUUCCUCGGGAGUCAGCAGAAGCUCAUAUCAUGGCCUACCUUGCAAUGUUUAUGUCUGCUCUGGGCCCGACUCUGGACUGGGAAGUGAGCACGCGGUCAAGCUAGCAGAAACAGUGUUCCAGGAGAUCAUUCCAAGUGAAGAAUUCUGCCCCCCUCCUCCAAAUCCAGAAGACAUUAUUUUUGAUGGUAGUGAUAAGCAAGCAGAUGCUCCUGGAACACAUAAUACAACAGUGGCUGAGCUAGAAUCUCCUGAGGAAAGCAAAAACCUAGAAAGCCCCCUUCAAAACUAGAACUGGAAAUACAUUUCGUCUUGGUGCCAGAAUAUUCUCAUUUGAAGGACAGUUUUCCAUAUGAAAUGGCUUUGUGAUGAAUGCUGUGCAGAUGUUGUCUUUAUGACCUUUUAAGACAUUGGCUAUUGAAGAUCUUUGUAAAUCAGUAACUGAUUUAAUGGUUAUUGGACAUUUUGUUUCAGAAUCAGCUUCAUGAUCCAGAAACUUAAAACAGGGUUACCUUUAUCUUAAUAUCUGGUAUAUAUGUGAGAGUUCUAUUAGCAACUUUGCUUAAAGGAAGAUAAAACUGUUACCUACUACUGGUCUUCAGAUUUUGUCAUUGUCCACAGAAUAAUAUAUAAGAAAUACAUUAGUUACUUUUGCAGCUAUUAUAGUUGCUACCAGCUCUUAAUAGAGAAAAACAUAAAUACAUUAUGUGAAUCUUUUGUAUAUAAUAUAAAUAAUGUAAACUUGGUGGUGAGAAUAGCAACUAAUAAAAGUGCCAGUAUAUAAAAAUACACUUGUCUGUAAUUCUUAAAAGAUUACUUUUGCAUAGUCUUUAUUCUUUGUGAAGGCCUCAUGUUUAUAAUAUAUUUUGCAGUUUAAUUUGCUUAGUCCUUGUAAUCAAGUGAAACAAUGACAACCAUUACUUUCCACUUUGCAAAAAGAAACAGAUUAGUUUAUAGUUUUUGGCAUCAGGGAUUGAACUCAGGUCUUUGUGCUUGUGAGGCAGGUGGCAGAACCACUGAGUUAAAUCCCUGACCCAGGUUAUUUGAUAGUUUGAAGAGUUGAAGAUACAUUCCAAAGAAAAUCUAGAGGAUAAGAUUAGUUUUUUAAAAAUCUGCAGAACCGUGCUCUGGUAUCUGAAUGAAAAGAACUUCUAACAAUUCUGGCUAAAAGAAAGAAAGAAAAAAAAGAUUACCCUAGGAAAAGAUACUUCAGGAUGGUUGUUCUGAAAUUCCUAAAGAGAAACAAUAAAUAAUUUUUAACUUGGAAUUACAGAUGGUUUUUUAAUCCUCUGUAAAAAGAUUUUCUCAUUUAAGCUUCCUCAGAAUGGAAUGUACCACCUGUUGGCUAUACCAUUUUAAUUAACAACACUAAUUUAUAGAAUGAAACAAAGGAUUUAUCGUGCCCCUAAGGUUGUAGCUCACUAGACAAAUAGGUAACAGCAUUCAUAAUCACUUCUGCCUCUUGAGAGUUAUCUAUAGAAAAUAGAAAUAUUGUUUUCCCUGCAUAGCCACCAGAAACCAUACACCUGGUUGCACUCCAGUGUCAAAAACUUGCAUGACUAUUGGAGGUGAACUUCCUUAUCUAGUCCCAUUUGCAUGUAUCAGGAAAAAAGUAAUUCUUUAGGAAGAGACCCUUUUAUAGUUUUUGCUCUGAAACGAAACAUUUAUUAUAUGCAAGAUACUUCAUAUUGUGUUUUCCAUAAUGGUUUCUCAACAACACUAGGAAGCAGGUAUGACAUUUUCAAAGAGGAAAUGAAACUCAGUUAUUAAUUUGGUCAUUUUGCUGUGUGGAGAAGCCAACAUUGGAACCUAACCUAGUCUUUCAUGAUCCUUAAACUUUAUGUUCACCAUUAGAAAAGUGUAGCUACUAUAAGAGAAGGAAAAGAUUCCUGGGGAAAUCAGAAUCUUGUUGGAAAAAGACAGAUGCUAAUUCUACAGCAUAUUAUAGAAUCAAAGAAAUGUUGAAUGUACACUUAACAGUUGUGAAUCUUAAAGAAUUUGACUAAUUUUUAACAAAAUAAUGCUCUUUGGUCUUUUAUGUCUUUCAGUCUGAAGAUUGUGUUACAAAAAAUUAAAUAUGGCAAGACAUGUUUUUCUUCCUCUAUAUGAGGAAAAUGAGACAAGACUGAUUUAAAUAAUAGCUUAUUGAAAGAAAAGUCAUGGUUGAUUAAUAUUGAUGUUUUAAAUUUAAUAAAGAGGUGUUACUGGGUGGAUCUUAAAACAAAACCUAUCAGAAUAACUGAAAUGUCUAACCUACAAAAUAGUAAUUAAAAUUUUAAAAAUAUCAAGAAUAGGUGAAAAUAAUUCAGGCUUACUGAAAAGCUUUUCAGAAACAAAUUGAGAAAAGGAAUAGUGAAGUUGUAAAAGAUGGUGCAAGGGAAAUAAAAGUAUUAGGCCAAAAUAAAGAUUGUUCUAAAUACUAACAAAAUGAAUAUAUUAUUUCCUUAAACCAAUGUAAAAUAAGUUGCAAAUGAGAUAAGUUGUAACCAAUAAACGUUUAAGAAUUUUUAGGGUAUUAAAAUCCAGUGCAAUUUUCUGACAAGUUAGAAUUUAAUUCCAGUAAGCUUAUUGGUUAGCUUUUAUGAAGUGUUUAAGGAAUAAAUACAUGUCAUGAAAGAUGAUAAGCUACUAGUUGCAUAUUGUAGAAAAUAUAGCUCUAAUACAGAAACUCAUAGUGUUCUCAUUCUGAACAAAGUGCAGAGUGUAAUGUUGACAAAUAAUACAACAGAAAGUUAUUUCCUAUGACUUAGAAUUGUAAUACUGGUGUUUAGCAGAAUAAUUGUUACACUGACUUCAGUAACAAAAUGGUAAAAAUCAGAAGUAUUAACUUAAACUUACCAUUCAACUUUGGUUUAAUUAUCUCUGGUAAUGAUUUCAUAGGCUGCUCUUAAUAUGCUAAAUAAUUACUUAAAAUUAAGAGCUGGCAUUCAUUUGGGAAAACACAUUUCUCAAGAAGAAAUUGAGCAGUAUUGUCACCAUCUUUAUGUAUAGUUGAAGAAACAAUUUUAAAAUCUAUAAAUGAGGCAGAGCAACAUAAAUAUUUUCUAUUUAUAUUGCUUUUUAAACUAGCUAAACUGAUACUUAAAUGUAUUAACAGUAAAAGACCCAUUCAGGAAUUUGCAGGAUAUGUAAGG